CAAGAUUUUUAAAACCGAAUGUAUUUUUACCGAUGGGCUCAAAAAUUGUCUCUCCAGAACAUGUGAAAAAAUUAAUAAAGCAAUUUCCUAAAGAUAAACAUUUAUUAUGUGACAGUGAUCUUGAACCAAAAGAUAAGAUGAAUUUUGAUGCAGUUGAAAAAUUAUGUGCGCCUCGAGUUACGGAAUUAAUAUCUGCUAUUCCAGAUAGUCAGAGUACUAAACAAUUUCUUAUUUUAAUUAAACAUAUAUUAAAUUCUUUUUUAAAUAAAAAAUUAAAAAUUGAAGAGCGCAUAUAUUCCAUGUGGCACGCAACAUUUUUUUUAAGAUUGUGGAGAAGGUGGUUACAAGAAAAUAACUACAGUAUUGAUAAAAAUUUUAUAACUUCUAAUGCUUACACGUCCAUAGAAUUAAAUGCACAUGGUUUAUUAAUAUUGAUUGAAAAAUUACGAGAAAAUAAUCAGUUUACACCUUGGUUAUGUAGCAGUCAACCAUGUGAAAAAAUUUUCAGACAAAUAAGAUCCAUGACAUCUACUUUCUCAACAAUAACUAAUUUUAAUUUAUUGAGCAUUUUGAGACGUUUAAAUCGAGUGCAACUUUUAAACGACAUAAGUACUGACUUAAGAGAUACAUUUCUAUUUCCACGAGAAGAAAAUAAUAGAUUAGGAAUUUCUUCAGAUAGAACUUUAAAUUCUGAUGAAAUUCCAUCUACAGAAAAAAUUUUACAUAUUUUGGACACCGCUAAAAAUGAUGCACUAAAUAUUGCAAUAAAAUUAGAAAUGAAUAUGAAUGAAGAAAUAAUAAAGGAAAGUUUUGAAGAGAUCAACAUUCGACAUUUAAUUGACGAAGAGGAAAAUGAAGAAGAAGAGGAAAAUAAUGAUGAUAUUAUAGAACAACAAAAUGAAGAUAUUGUAUCUGCCAGUGAAGAUUUCGGAAAUUUCGAAGAUUUGGAAAAUUUGCCAAAUGAUAUUUUAAUAUUUAAAAAUCAAACAGAAUUAAAUUUAAGAGAUUAUACAACUAACUGUACAGAAAGUAAUAAAGGUUUAUUUUUAGAUGUGAACGUUAAUGGAAAAAAAUAUGUUGUGAGAAAAUCUUCACUCUGUUGGAUAUAUCAAAAUAAAAAUAGAUUGUCUAAUGACAGAUUAUAUCGAGUUCGUGGUAUGAACAUUGCAAAUACAAAUGAAAAGUCGAGUGAAAAAUUGAAGAUAGAAUGUGAAAAAUAUUACUGUGUUUAUUAUGAUACAGGAUGGUACAUAGGAAGGGUGUUACAUGUAGAACAAUAUACAUGUAAAAUGAAAUUUUUAUGUGCUAAUUUAGAUGAAUUUAGAUGGCCAAAGAAAGAUGAUGUUCAAGAAGUAGAUAAAAAAUUUAUAAUGUAUGGGCCGAUAACUUUAAAUGGCAUAAAUCCUUUUACAAUUAAUAAAGAAGUGCGUACAAAAAUCCAAAGAGAAUUUAAAAAAUUAAAAAAUACAUAAAUUAUUUGCAUUGUUAACAAUCAUUAUUAACAUUGUAUAAUGUUUAUAAACAAACAAACAAAAUAAACAAAAUUUAAAUAAACAAAAUAAAUAUAAUUUUAUACAUAUACAUACCAGACAAUACUAGCAAUAUAAGAAAAAAAAA